AUGCUCUAUUCAACCAUUCUCCCGGUCUUAGUCUUCCUCUUCCAGGCCACCUUCUCCGGUGUGUAUGCCAAGUGCUGCCUUAGCGAUGCAGGAGGCGACUGCGGCGACAACUCCGCCGGAACCCCCUGCUGCGGGUACAAGCCCUGCAACGGAUUCUGCUGUGCUUGCAAGGGCGUCCAAGUGAUCCGCGAAGUCAUCGAGACUGACAAGCAUACAUGGACCUCUGUCAUCACCGCCCCUGCCGGCACCACCUGGACUUGUCGCGCGAGCCACAUCACCACAUGGUACCCUCCUCCAGCAACCGACGUCAGCAGCGGCACUCAUAAACGCGACGUCCCAGCCACAAUGGUCCUGCGUGAUGACGGCGGCUUGGUUGCGACUGUCACGCAAAUGGUCCAGACUGCAACCUCUACCUCGUUCACUCGUCCGCCAUACGACCCUGAGAUGCUCGCCCACUUGCAAAGCACGUUCAAUCACGUCUGUCGCGGAAGGAAGCACAAUGGUGUCCAUGUGAUUGAUCUGGACGACUACUUUGGCUACUUCAACGUCACCACCAAGCGCAAAGAUUCCGACUACGCGAAGGAUGUGGAAGCGAAAUUCCGUGCACACGAUAUCAACCAAGAUGGGUUGUUGACAAUUGAGGAAGUCCAACUGCGUUGCGGCAGCGAUGGAUGUAUGUAG